AUGAAGUUCUCCGUUGUCUCCCUCCUGGCUCUUGCUGCUACCGUUGUCUCCGCCAUUCCCACCGAAGAGGCGACGAAUGCUGCUCUGAAGUCCCAGGUUGAGGAAAUCGCAGACAAAGUCCAGGGCGUUGAGGAGCAAGAUACCGCCACCGAUCUUUCGAAGUGCAUUGAUCCUCUCCUGUGCUGUGGCUCCCUCACCACGCCUCUCGAUCCUCUCGUCGACCCCAUCCUACUGGGACUGGGCAUCAAUGCUGCCGAGAUCGUUGGCUCGAUCGGUCUGCUCUGCCACGCAUGGACGCCAGAGUGCUCCUCUGCUCCUCAGUGCUGCACGGAGGCCAACCUCUUGGGCGGUGCCGUUGCUCUUGGUUGCUCCAAGCUCUGA